GCAUUUUCAAUUUGACGUUCACGGGGUAUCCAAAUACCUUUCCCAAAAAUGUCAAAAUUGCCCGGGGGAUAAUUUUAAAACGAACCUUCCACGUACGAAGUUGUCGAUUCGUUUUCUUUUAAUUGCAUUGUAUUUCGGCACACAUUCCGAUAUUUUGUCUACCACUUCAAGUAUUAAAAGAUGUCCGUAUCGGCCGUAGUCAACGUCUACAAUACAAAUGUUACGACCGACAAUCUCUCGAGGCACGAUAUGCUCGCCUGGGUUAACGACUGUCUGCAGAGUAGCUUCGGUAAGAUCGAGGAACUAUGUACGGGAGCCGCUUACUGCCAGUUCAUGGAUAUGCUGUUCCCCAACUCCGUACCUUUGAAGAAAGUUAAAUUUAAAACGAAUCUCGAACACGAAUACAUUCAGAACUUUAAAGUACUGCAAGCUGCGUUUAAGAAAAUGGGUGUCGAUAAGAUAGUGCCGAUUGACCGGUUGGUGAAGGGUCGGUUUCAAGAUAAUUUCGAGUUUCUCCAAUGGUUCAAGAAAUUCUUUGAUGCUAACUACCAAGGUGCAGCUUAUGAUCCUUUAAGCAUGCGUAGUGGAGAAACUUUAGGUUCGGUCAGUGGAGGAGCGAAAGCCAUUUCAGGACUUGCACGUAAACCCGCACUUACAGCUCCUGCAAAAAUAAAACCCGGUAAUAAUGCUAUGCCUAAAGUUAAUGCCGUUAAACCAACAACAAAGCCAAAUAGCGGUUUAGGUAUGACAAAUCGAGGUGAUGCGGUAAAAGUCGAAGAGAUGGCAAAUCAAAUUAUGGAUCUGAAGAUCAGUAUUGAUGGAUUAGAAAAAGAAAGAGAUUUUUAUUUUGGAAAACUUAGAGAUAUUGAAGUCAUGUGCCAGGAGAGCGACGAACAACAUCCUUUAAUACAAAAAAUUCUGGAUGUUUUAUAUGCAACGGAGGAAGGAUUUGCUCCGCCUGACGAAGUGGAGGGUGCAGUGGAAGAAGAUGAAUAUUGAUAUUAUUGUAGUAAUAUUAAUAUUUAGCUGUAUUUGCGUAAAUUGUGCAUGCUCGCCAGCCUAUUUUGCACACUCUUUAUGUUGAUUAUCAUUAAAAACCAUUUUUUAAAAUUAUUUAUUAGGUAUUAUAAUUGUAUUGUUUACUCUUGCUGUUUUGCCACUGUAAAUUUUAUGAAAUGGAGUACUUGCUGUUACAUUGUAAAUACUCAAAAUUACGCUACUGUCUGCUGUAAUGUGUGUUCGAAUGAGUAUCGUUGAUUUCAGCUGUGGAAUUAGCAGACUUUUGCCUUAUUUUCAGUGGUGUUGAAAAUCAUGCCGUAUUAAAAAUUUAUAUCAAAUUAAAUACAGUUUUAUUAAAAUU